AUGCCACCAUCGAGUUUAGUUAUUGGCGUUGAUCUUGUCCCCAUCAAACCGAUCCCAAAUGCCAUAACAUUUCAAGAAGAUAUUACAAGCGAUAAAUGUCGGGUCAAGCUUCGAAAUGAAUUGAAAUCUUGGAAGGCUGACGUAGUACUUCAUGAUGGCGCGCCCAAUGUUGGUAUUUCGUGGAUACAAGAUGCUUUUUCGCAAUCUGAAUUGACACUAAAAGCCCUAAAAUUGGCAGUUGAAUUUCUAAGCGAAGGAGGCACAUUCAUAACCAAGAUUUUUCGGUCCAAGGAUUAUAAUAAUUUAAUAUGGGUGUUUAAUCAACUUUUCAAAAAUGUGGAAGCUACAAAACCAGCCUCUUCUAGGAAUGUUUCUGCAGAAAUCUAUGUAGUCUGCCGUGAUUACCUGGCUCCUAAAAAAAUUGAUCCAAAAUUUCUUGAUUCCCGCGCCGUUUUUCAAGAAGUUGAUAUAGGACCUACAAACAAAUCUGUCCUACAGCCUGGAAAAGAGAAAAGACACAGAGAUGGAUACGAAGAGGGAGAUUAUACUUUAUACAAAGAAUCCUCUGUUCUUGAAUUUAUUAAAUCGGAUGAUCCGAUUAAAAUUCUUGGUUCUGUCAAUAAAUUAAAAUUUGAUACAGACGAGGCAACUAAAUUAUUAAAACAUGAGUCAACGACAGAAGAAGUCAAAGCAUGCUGUGAGGAUUUGAAGGUAUUAGGCAAGAAAGAAUUCAAAAGUCUCUUAAAAUGGAGAAAUAUUAUCCUAGAAUCGAUGCAAGAGCCGGCUGAGGACAAGGUUAAAGUAACUACUGAAGAAGAGGGAGAAAUUGAUGAGGACGAGGCUAUUCAAGAAGAGCUGGAUAGACUCACUAAAGAAGAGCGAACUCGUAUUAAACAGCUUCGCAGAAAAGUUAAUGAAAAACGGCAGAAAAACAUUAGGCGAAUGCAACUCAAAAUGAUAUCACCAACUGAUAUUUCAUUAGAGGAUGAUGAUACAUUGUUUAAUUUGAAAAAGAUAGAUAAGAAUGGAAUACUGAAUAAAAUGCGUAAAGGGGACAUGGAUUUGAUUCCCGAUCAAGAUGACGCGCAAGAUGAAGAUUUAUUCAUUGAUCAACAUGAAGAUACAGAAAGCGCAAGCAAGAGCGAUAAUUAUAUAGAUCAUUUGGAAAAGGAAUUAGAUGAACUAUAUGAUCAAUAUCAAGAGCACAAGGCGGAGCGCGAUGCGAAAUAUAGAGUAAAGAAACUUAGAGCGCAGGAAAGCGAUCAAAAUGAUAUUCAAAAUAACGACUUUGAUGACACAGAGAUAUCUGUUACCUCCCAAGAUGAUUAUUCUUCAUCCAGUAAUUUAGCCGAAAACAAAAAAGACACUGAUAAAAUAAAUACGAAUGGUAUUCUGAGCAAGAAAGCAACCAUAUUUUUCGAUCAGCCUUUAUUUAAAGCACUUAAUAAUGAUGAAGACCACAAUAUAAAAAACAAGUUGGAAACGGAAGAAGUAAUCAGCGCAAAAUCUCAAGAAAUCCCUAUUGAGGAAGAAAAUGGUACAUCCGAACCAAAUGCUCGUCCACUAAAACGUAAAGCUGACCAGAUUGAUCAAGAAGAUGACAUAGAAAUAGUUCCUAUAGAAAAAAAUGAUGUGGAUAUGUGGGAUGCAGAUGAACUCGAUGAGGACGAAAAAAAAAUGACGAGAGCACAGAAAAAUGGAUUAAUCACUGCGGAAGCAAUGACUCUUGCUCAACAGCUUAUAAAUCGGCGCAAAACCAAACAAGAGCUCAUCGAUGGCGGAUUUCGACGAUAUACAUUUAAUGAUAAAGAGGGAUUACCUAAUUGGUUUUUGGAUGACGAAAAAAAACAUAACAGACCUAAUUUACCGAUAACAAAGGAAGCGGUCGAAGCGAUAAGAGAAAAAAUGAAGGAGUUAAAUGCUCGACCAAUAAAAAAGAUUGCUGAGGCUAAAGCUAGAAAAAAGAUCCGAGCCCUUAGGAGACUAUCCAAAAUACAGAAGAAGACUGACGCCAUCGCAGAGACAUCUGAAAUGACCGAGAGUGAGAAAGCUCAGACGAUUUCAAAGUUGCUCAGUAAAUCGCAAAGAAAAAAGAAAAACGAGGUGAAAUUAGUUGUCUCUAAAGGUUCGCUAAAAGGUAAAAAGGGACGACCAAAAGGUGUUAAAGGACGAUAUAAGAUGGUUGAUGCAAGGAUGAAAAAGGAAGUUCGGGCGAUAAAGAAAAUUGAUCAAAAGGGAAGGUCAAAAAAACGUCAAAAACGAUGA